UCUACUUGCUAAUUUUGGCUAAGUAUUGCAUGUUUCAGCUCAAAAAGUGGUUUUUCCUCCUAGUUGCCAAUCUCAGGGGGAUUCAGCUCUACUUUGAAUUCUGCUUAUCUAAAUUUAUAAAGAUGAUACCGGAUGUUGGUUUCUGAGCAUGUCAGAGGUGGCGGGUCACGAAGGGUGCUUUUUUGUUUACAUGGUUUUUUUCCGAUACAAGACUGCAAGCAGGUGAAUAUCUAAAUUUAUAAAGGAUGCAAAAUUGUGUGGGCUCCAAAAGAAUCAGCACGCAGUGAUCACAGGGAUGCAGUUCAGAUCUGGUGAUGAGGCCUAUAAAGAGUCUCCUGUGGUUGACCAUCUUGUUUGUGAUAACUUUUACAUUGUGGAUACCUCCAUUGUGUAUAAAACUACCAUUCUCGAAAUUCUACUAUGUCUACAACAAGGAGAAAGAUAUUUCAGAGAAAGCAGAACUCCUCAAUUCAAGGCGUUACAAUGUAUCGCUUGCCUAUUUCUCUUCCUUGCAUGCUGAAUCGUCACAGCAAUUCUACCACAAUAUGGAGAAAUUGGGUCAUCUUGACCUAGUUGUGGCUGUUAUUACUGUCAAGAGAAAGGAUGGAACUUUAGGAUACCUCACUCAGUCUGUAGCAAGAAUGGAUAAAUUACUUAAGGAAGAUAAACACUUUCAAAGAAAAUAUUUAUUCAUUUGCAAUGUCGAUCAAGAUGUGAACAGUCAUGAGGAAGUGAAGAAAUUAGAAAAGUAUAUUCCAGCUCAUUAUCGCUUUAAGAAUAUCACCAGGAUACCUCACACCAGCCCUCACAUAUCACUUUAUCUACAGCAAAAUCACUUCACUACCUACCAAAAAGAAACUAUAGACUACAUGUUUUGUUUAGAAAUGGCAUAUUCCAUGAAUCCUGAGUAUGUGUUACUGAUGGAAGAUGACACACUUCCUCUGCCUAUGGCACUUGAUGUUGUGAACUUCAAGCUAAAGUGGUUAACCUUAUUCAGGAACCCACCAAUGACAAACUUUGCUUAUAUUAAGCUGUACUAUCCACCUAAAUGGCAGGGUUUUGCGAAUGAAUUGAGAAGAAUUUUAGAACUUGUAGCCAUUGGAAUGGUUGGAGCUGGGUGCUUUGUUGCAGUUUUUGCCUUCAGGAAAAAGACAUCUUUACAAUACUUAUACUUUAUUUUUGGUGCUGUAUAUUUUAUAUUGGUAGUGCUGUUGUUAGAUCGACAAAAUGUCCUUGAACUACGCAGAAUAGCAUCUCAGUUUUAUUCAUUAAACAUAUCACCAGGCUGCUGCACUCCAGCCAUGUUUUAUCCAAGAUGGGUAAUUCCUCAGUUGUUAAGUUAUUUAGCUGGUGAAAACAAUCGUCAUCAUACAGACAUUGCAAUUUAUGAUUUUAUAACAAGCAAAAAUCUGACAGCUUAUCAAAUAGAGCCCAAUUUAUUUGUUCAUAUAGGAAUGUAUACUUCUAUUCAUCAAAAUUCUCGGAAGGACCCUCAAGAGUUCAUAUUCAGUAUGUAUUGAUUAAAAAUGAAAUUACAUAUAUAUGCAUCAAGUACAUUAUUGUUUUUUUCUUGCUGUUAAAGAAAUAUUCAUACAGAAACUUCAAAGAUAACUUUGCUGUUCUGCACAUCUGGUCCCAGAGCCAUAUAUAGAACAUAAAACUAAAAACCAGAUGAGCUCACUUGUACAAAAGGAACAAAAAGUGAGCUCAUCUAACUUUUAUGGCCCUGGAACUUUAUCAUAAAGUUUUUUCUUUUUAUGCCACCUUAAUCAGAGAUUCUGGGGCAUAUAUUUUUUGGUCUGUCUGCCUGAUUGUCAAAAGAAAAACUUUAACCUUGGUCAUAACGAUAAAGAUCUUGACAAGUCAACAUACUGUCGAUCACUAAUUUUUCGCGAGUAUUUUAUUUUGCAUUUGUAGGGUCUGGUGUUUAUUCGUGAAUACAAUAAUUCACAAGAAUACAGUUAAAAAUAACUUCUAUUCCGCAAAUAGAUCUGCUCCCGUGCUUCUAAUCGUAAUAUUCUAGCAUACGUUCAUGUGUACGACAUACAUUGUACCGUUAUCAAUUUUACGUACAUGUAUUCGAUUGAUUUGUAACGUAACUGCAAAUGAUUUUUAUAUGCCUAUUCUUUUGUACAUAUGUUCAUUAAAAUUGUGUUUAGUUGUA